AUGAGUGGUUUCCAAUUUCCGCCGCCUCCUCCGCCGCCACCAAAGCCAUCGAAUGGCGACCAGAACCAGGCUGGUCAAUAUGGAGAGGCGGGUCGAGGACGAGGUAGAGGUCGUGGUCGUGGAGGGCAAGACCCGAGAGGUCGCGGUGGACGAGGGCGUGGCAAUUUCUCCCAGAACCGUGGCCAACAUCAAGGAAGCAACGGCCAGUCACCGCCACUGACCUCAACAACCAGCUCGUAUGGUCAGUCCCACAUCAAUACGAACACCGGCGCAAGCUUCAACUCCUCUCCACAAUACGGCUUAAACGGUACAUCUGGACUCCCUCCUGGAUCGUAUGUCAACCCAGCAUUCCAUCGAAACGCCUUCCAGAACAGCACCAAUCAGUCCAACAUCCAGAACGGCUCGCAGACGUCCCCACGUAGGACCGCCGCUGGCCAUAAGCGUAAGCUUGAAGCACUUCGAGGUCCACAACAAGACAAAAAGGCUGGCCCAACCACAGCUCCUUUGAUACCAAGCUUUGGUAACCCCAUUCUUCCUGCAAACAAUGCUUCACAAAGUGCCCAAUUGCCGGCUCCACAAAGCAAGCGUGGUCCAAACAUGCUGGGUCUUACGCCACAGGACGAUCAACCUCAAUACUCUUCCGAGAGCGAGGACGAUGCGAUUGACGAGGAAGCAAUGUACGCAGAGCUUGGAACCAAUCUUACCUUUGAGCACAACGGCACGGUAAUGGCGUUGAACACCGCGGCCGAUCUUGCGGCUUGGAAGAAUGAACGGUUGAAGAACUUCCCCACAAAGCAACGUCUGGCGGCAAAACAGGAGGAGAAACGCCAAAUCGGGGAGGAAAGGAAGAGGCUGCUCACAGAAGCCAGCCAGGCCCUUCGUGCCGCGAAAGACGCAAAGUCCAUCAAGACCCGAGUCGAAGUCCCCACGCCCGACGACCCACAAACGCCCUCUCAGCCCGAGAGCGAUCUGGAAAAGGCGAGGAGGGAGCUCGCUGUGCAGACUGCUAGACUCGACCAGCUUCGAAAGUCCGUGGCGAAGAGUGAAGAUAGGGCUGCACGCGCUCGCGACCAGGAAGCGGCUGGCCAGGAGGCAUCCAUAAAGGCUCUGGAUGGUUCUUCGGCGAGGGACGACGAACCUAACAAUAAGGACCUCGAAAAGCCAGGAUUCAGUGCGCGAGAUUUUCUAUCUUCCACAGCCGUGAUCGCCACUUCAGCUCAGGGGAACACUCCAGCGGCUCAUGUCGAAGAUCUUCCCAGUACAGCUGAGGACGCAAUGGAUGGUGUAGUCGCAGCUUCACAAGCCAAUCACACUGCUUUCUCACACGGUAACAGCGACGACAGUGACGACGACGGCCCGCCAGAGGAAACGACAUCGACCCGCCAGGGCACUGUCAACCAAAAUAGAAGAGUCUGUAAAUACUUUGCUGCCAGUGGAUCUUGUAGAGAUGGCGACAUGUGCGCAUUCAAGCAUGAGCUGGAUCCUCGUGCAGCUGCAUCAAUGGCUCAGGAUCAGCAGCGGAGGGACAUUCAUACUGGCAGACACAAGGCAGAUGAACAGGACGAGACUUCACCAUCGUCUAAGCGAAAGACGAUUUAUGACCGAUUGUUGGAGCAAGAGCAAGGGCAGGAAGAUAAGUUGGCAUUGCAGGUCAUCAAGUACCUUGGCCACAUGGGACUGUUCGCGAAGAAGGUGGAAGAUACAUCUUGA